AUGAACGGCAGUGUUUCAGAACAGUCUUUUCUAUAUGACUCUGACCAUGACCUGAAGUUUCUAUAUGACUCUGACCUGAAGUUUCUAUAUGACUCUGACCAUGACCUGAAGUUUCUAUAUGACUCUGACCUGAAGUUUCUAUAUGACUCUGACCAUGUUCUGAAGUUUCUAUAUGACUCUGACCUGAAGUUUCUAUAUGACUCUGACCAUGACCUGAAGUUUCUAUAUGACUCUGACCUGAAGUUUCUUUAUGACUCUGACCUGAAGUUUCUUUAUGACUCUGACCUGAAGUUUCUUUAUGACUCUGACCUGAAGUUUCUAUAUGACUCUGACCUGAAGUUUCUUUAUGACUCUGACCUGAAGUUUCUUUAUGACUCUGACCUGAAGUUUCUUUAUGACUCUGACCUGAAGUUUCUUUAUGACUCUGACCUGAAGUUUCUUUAUGACUCUGACCUGAAGUUUCUACAUGACUCUGACCUGAAGUUUCUAUAUGACUCUGACCUGAAGUUUCUAUAUGACUCUGACCUGAAGUUUCUAUAUGACUCUGACCUGAAGUUUCUACAUGACUCUGACCUGAAGUUUCUACAUGGACACAAAUUUCUAUAUGACUCUGACCAUGACCUGAAGUUUCUAUAUGACUCUGACCUGAAGUUUCUAUAUGACUCUGACCAUGACCUGAAGUUUCUAUAUGACUCUGACCUGAAGUUUCUAUAUGACUCUGACCAUGACCUGAAGUUUCUAUAUGACUCUGACCUGAAGUUUCUAUAUGACUCUGACCAUGACCUGAAGUUUCUAUAUGACUCUGACCUGAAGUUUCUAUAUGACUCUGACCUGAAGUUUCUAUAUGACUCUGACCAUGACCUGAAGUUUCUAUAUGACUCUGACCUGAAGUUUCUUUAUGACUCUGACCUGAAGUUUCUUUAUGACUCUGACCUGAAGUUUCUUUAUGACUCUGACCUGAAGUUUCUAUAUGACUCUGACCUGAAGUUUCUUUAUGACUCUGACCUGAAGUUUCUAUAUGACUCUGACCAUGACCUGAAGUUUCUAUAUGACUCUGACCUGAAGUUUCUAUAUGACUCUGACCUGAAGUUUCUAUAUGACUCUGACCUGAAGUUUCCAUAUGACUCUGACCAUGACCUGAAGUUUCUAUAUGACUCUGACCUGAAGUUUCUAUAUGACUCUGACCUGAAGUUUCUAUAUGACUCUGACCAUGACCUGAAGUUUCUAUAUGACUCUGACCUGAAGUUUCUAUAUGACUCUGAUCUGAAGUUUCUAUAUGACUCUGACCAUGACCUGAAGUUUCUAUAUGACUCUGACCUGAAGUUUCUAUAUGACUCUGACCAUGACCUGAAGUUUCUAUAUGACUCUGACCAUGACCUGAAGUUUCUAUAUGACUCUGACCUGAAGUUUCUAUAUGACUCUGACCUGAAGUUUCUUUAUGACUCUGACCUGAAGUUUCUUUAUGACUCUGACCUGAAGUUUCUUUAUGACUCUGACCUGAAGUUUCUAUAUGACUCUGACCUGAAGUUUCUUUAUGACUCUGACCUGAAGUUUCUUUAUGACUCUGAUCUGAAGUUUCUUUAUGACUCUGACCUGAAUUUCUUUUAUGACUCUGACCUGAAGUUUCUUUAUGACUCUGACCUGAAGUUUCUACAUGACUCUGACCUGAAGUUUCUAUAUGACUCUGACCUGAAGUUUCUAUAUGACUCUGACCUGAAGUUUCUAUAUGACUCUGACCUGAAGUUUCUACAUGACUCUGACCUGAAGUUUCUACAUGACUCUGUCCUGAAGUUUCUAUAUGACUCUGACUUGAAGUUUCUAUAUGACCAUGACCUGAAGUUUCUUUAUGACUCUGACCUGAAGUUUCUUUAUGACUCUGACCUGAAGUUUCUUUAUGACUCUGACCUGAAGUUUCUUUAUGACUCUGACCUGAAGUUUCUUUAUGACUCUGACCUGAAGUUUCUACAUGACUCUGACCUGAAGUUUCUAUAUGACUCUGACCUGAAGUUUCUAUAUGACUCUGACCUGAAGUUUCUAUAUGACUCUGACCUGAAGUUUCUACAUGACUCUGACCUGAAGUUUCUACAUGACUCUGACCUGAAGUUUCUACAUGACUCUGACCUGAAGUUUCUAUAUGACUCUGAUCUGAAGUUUCUUUAUGACUCUGACCUGAAGUUUCUACAUGACUCUGACCUGAAGUUUCUACAUGACUCUGACCUGAAGUUUCUAUAUGACUCUGACCUGAAGUUUCUACAUGACUCUGACCUGAAGUUUCUACAUGGACACAAAUUUCUAUAUGACUCUGACCAUGACCUGAAGUUUCUAUAUGACUCUGACCUGAAGUUUCUAUAUGACUCUGACCAUGACCUGAAGUUUCUAUAUGACUCUGACCUGAAGUUUCAAUAUGACUCUGACCAUGACCUGAAGUUUCUAUAUGACUCUGACCUGAAGUUUCUAUAUGACUCUGACCAUGUUCUGAAGUUUCUAUAUGACUCUGACCUGAAGUUUCUAUAUGACUCUGACCAUGACCUGAAGUUUCUAUAUGACUCUGACCUGAAGUUUCUAUAUGACUCUGACCUGAAGUUUCUAUAUGACUCUGACCAUGACCUGAAGUUUCUAUAUGACUCUGACCUGAAGUUUCUAUAUGACUCUGACCUGAAGUUUCUUUAUGACUCUGACCUGAAGUUUCUUUAUGACUCUGACCUGAAGUUUCUUUAUGACUCUGACCUGAAGUUUCUAUAUGACUCUGACCUGAAGUUUCUAUAUGACUCUGACCAUGACCUGAAGUUUCUAUAUGACUCUGACCUGAAGUUUCUAUAUGACUCUGACCAUGACCUGAAGUUUCUAUAUGACUCUGACCUGAAGUUUCUAUAUGACUCUGACCAUGACCUGAAGUUUCUAUAUGACUCUGACCUGAAGUUUCUAUAUGACUCUGACCAUGACCUGAAGUUUCUAUAUGACUCUGACCUGAAGUUUCUUUAUGACUCUGACCUGAAGUUUCUUUAUGACUCUGACCUGAAGUUUCUUUAUGACUCUGACCUGAAGUUUCUAUAUGACUCUGACCUGAAGUUUCUUUAUGACUCUGACCUGAAGUUUCUUUAUGACUCUGACCUGAAGUUUCUUUAUGACUCUGACCUGAAGUUUCUUUAUGACUCUGACCUGAAGUUUCUUUAUGACUCUGACCUGAAGUUUCUACAUGACUCUGACCUGAAUUUCUAUAUGACUCUGACCUGA